UUUUUAAUUGCCAAAUCUGUUCAAACAUAUUUUUACGUCUCCAUUACAAGGAGAAGUUACUCUACUCUCUGAACCUUCGCUCACCGAUCAAAUCCAUCUACCCCUCGGUUUCACAGUCACUCUCAUGAUCUCGACGCGCUCUCAAUUGCAACAAAUCACGAUCUAGGGUUUACUUUGGAUCCAAACGGAAUGUAAACACAUCGCAUUCUCUCUUCGCGCGUCUUUCAAACCAGAACUAUAAAAACGCCAAUGGGAGUCGUUAUCGAGAGUUCCGUUUGGGAACUGAAUCCAGCAAUAUUCCUCUUCCUCUCCGUUUGUUGCUGCUUCUCGAUCUUUCUUUAUCCUCAUCUCUCCAGUCUCAACAGAACCUCCACAAUCUUCGACCAUGGAAUCUCUUCAUCGUUUACUAGUUUCCAGCGGAACUUCCUCUUCGUCUACUCUCUCGCUUCAGUUGUGGAAGGUCUGUGGUCAGUGUUUGGGGAGUUCGAGUUAGCUUCGUAUGGAAUUGGAAGGGAGGAGAUGAUCAUGUCUCUCUGUUACGGUUAUACAACUGCUCUUUUUGCUGCUCCUUUCCUUGGCAUGCUCUCAGAUUUGAUAGGUCACAAGAAAGUUUGUUUGAUCUAUUGCAUCCUACACUUCUUAGUUGGUGUUUGGAAGAAGAUUACGCAACAACCAAGCAUUUUCAUGACUAGCAUUUGUCUCUCUAUGGCCAAUACAAUAUUCUCAUUCAGUUUCGAGACUUGGAUGGUCACUCAACAUGAGAAGCAAGGACACAGGCUUGAUUCACUUAAUGACACAUAUUGGUUAAUGACUUUCUUUGAGUCUGCAUGCUUUAUUGCCAGCCAAAUGUUGGCAAAUGGUCUGGUUGGUAAUAGUAUGAUGAAAAACACCGCUCCUUCCUCUGCAGUCAUCUUCUUAGCAAUCAUAUGCUUCAUUUUUCUCACCAGAGGAUGGACAGAAACUCCAGGAGCAACUUCUUUUAAGGAGUAUAGUCUGUCCUUCUAUGCAUAUAUUUUUGGUGAUAAAAGGAUAUGGCUGUUGACAGUGGCACAAGCUUGCCUUCACUUCUCCAUUGGAAUUUUGUGGAUCCUUUGGGCACCAACAGUGGUGGCUGAUGGCCGAGAAGUGCAACUAGGAUUGAUAUAUCCAUGCUUUUUGGGCUCAAGGAUGCUAGGAAGCACUGUGUUUCCUUGUCUUACUAGUGGACCAUCAUCAUUUAGAAUUGAGGACUGCCUAGUAUAUGCCUACAUCACAUUGGCUGCUCUUUUGUCUAUUGUGGCAUAUGACUAUCAGGAAAUCGGAGUUUUGGUGACACUUUUUAGCCUAUUUCAUGCUUGUGUUGGCUUCAUUUUACCAUCACUUGCUCGAUUGAGGACGAUGCAUGUACCUAAUGAAUUGCGUGGAGGGAUGAUGGGGCUCUCUCUUGCCCCUGCAAAUGCUGCAAUUCUGCUAUCUGUGGUGCAAGGUGGCUAUUAUCGAAAUGUUGGAAAUGCAGCUUUAAUGGCGUUUGGUGUGUUUGGUUUGUUGUUAGCAGCUGGAUGUAUGUAUGCCCUGAAGCAAUGUGGGAAGCAACCGUAUAACAACUGGCAUAAACAGUGAACAUAUAUACCCGUUUUACCGGAUUUGGUAGUGGUGGAUGUCAGUCUCUCUCUUCUCUUACUCUCUGAAGAAAAAAGAUUAAUAAUUUAGAUGAUGAAAAUGCAGGCAAGAGGAAAAAGAAACCAGAGAAACACAACAUCAACUACUAGUGAAUGCUAAACUUGAAUGAGAUUGGGAUAUACCUUCUGUAAGGAGACUGAACAACAAAAUCUCAGUUUAAUUAAUUCUUUGAAUUCAGUCUGUGAUACCGAGUUCUCUUCUAAUUCAAGUUAUGGAGGUCUAAUGGGCUUAUGAUUCCGCCUAUAAAUUAUAGCUUGUAUACUUUACAGCCUGUGUUUGCUUUUGGAAGCUAUAAUCAACUGCACAAGCAUCUCAAAAUGCUAUCAGAAUCUAUAUACGGCGAGACAUACCAGUUUCUCUGAAAGACAGGAAGGGCACAUGAAGACCAUGAGGUGAAAAUUAAUUUUUUUUGUUUAGGCUUUGUCAGCGUUAGUAAUGUAUUAUCAUGGAGUGGGUUCGUUAGUAAUGUAUCUUUUUGUGUAUGUUUGGUAAUGAGUUUUGAACCACAAUAUCACAUCCUAAUGCAAAUUUGAUGUGAUCUCAAAAAAGUUAUAAAUUGGAGCUUCUAGUUAA